AGAUCUCGACAGCUCCGCCCCGGAUGCCUACGGCGGCCGGUCGCUCCCCUUUGCCGACGAAAUCGCGACCUUGACCCGAAGCUUUAGCAAGAUCACCGACGAGGCCAGCGAUGAUCUGCGGGAUAUUUUUAAUUUGACGGAAGGCAACGUUGGGUCGGCGCAGACCCAGUCACGAGGCGUGGAGCGGUCCGACUCGUCUAGGCUUAUGCAAGGGUUCCUUUCCGCCGCCGUGAACGCGGUGCAGGAUCACCUUGACUCGGGCAACGGCGGUAAGGGUUCCGGGGGCCAAGGUCUCCAGCUUGACGGGCUUCUAGGCGUGCUUAGCAGUACCGUAAAGGACGCGGCGGGCAACCCAGAGGAAAAAGCGCGCCUCAUCAGCCCCGAGAUCAAGGAGAAGGUAGGCGCGAAGCUGCAACAGCAGCACGCACCCAUCGCAGAACAGUUCACCCGAAUCGCCUUGGAUCAACUCAAGAAGUGGCUGCGGGGAAAUACAAGCACAAGGGAUAUUGGCGAUGGCGUCAAGGGGGAGCUAGAGGAUCAGGUCAAGGACAUUGUCAAGGGCUUGGGUGGAUUAUUUGGCAAGAAGUCGUCGCCGCAGGAAGGCUCAUCCAGGAGUAUCGGAGAUGGGGACCGAGACCGAGACCAAGGAGACGGCGAUGGCAACGGUGGCUUUUCCAAAGUAAUCAGCGACAAGCUCAGCACGGGACUCGCCAAGGUUCAUCGGGAAGUCCGCCUGGAAUUCCGCAAGAUCCUCGGCUCCAUCGAAAGGAGCUCUGCUCGGCGGCAACCCUUUGACUCGCAGCUCGACAGCGCCGGCUCGAGGUCUCAGUCGGAUCGCGGGAUCGGCGACGAUCUCAAAGCGAAGCUCGUCAGCAAGAUCCGUGACCUGGUUAAAAAGGUGCAGGAGACGCUCCGCGAGAGUAUUUUGGGGGUAGUGAACGGCGGGCACCGCAAAUUUGAGCGCGAGACGUGGGUCAUUGUCCAGGGCAUGGUGGAGCAAAAGGUACAAAAAUACCUCCCCAAGGUCAAGAUCACGGUACCCGACGAUAUCGGCAACGAGGGCGUCAGUGUUGGCGCGCCGUCGUCGAGCUCGCAGCUUGGCGGCGGGAACCAGUCGGCUUCUCAGCCGCAGGGAAGACAAGACCACCCUCCGUCUCAGGGUUACCAGCAAAACUACGAUGCCGGGCAUAAUAACAAUCAACAGCAAGAGUACAACCGCCCCCGCAACGGUACGAUCAGCCGGGCGACUCUCGUUACGACCAGCGGCCGCAGGGACAGGACUCUAAUAGACCUCAGCAACACCAAUAAUGGUCGCUAUAAUAACCAGGGUGAUGAUCGCAGGCACGAACAAAGCGACUACCGUCAAGAGACGCAGGGUUAUGGGGAGAACAAAAACAGGGGCAGGGGUACCAACAGAAUUAUGGUCAGAGGCAAGGUGAAGGGUACAACCGUGAGCAUGACAACCAAAGGGAUCAGCGCCACGACCAAAGUCAGCAUUAUCGAAGUGAUGCCGGUAAUUCCCAGGGCCAAGGAUACUACGGAGGCCAAGACAACCAACGGGACCAAAGCUACGGGUGAGGCACCAUCCCGUCGCGACGUGUCAAUGGAAAUUGUGACCGAAAGCGUCGAAGAGCUGCAGUUCAUGGAUCGGGCGGCACUCGAGUCAGCGUCAGAGCUAGGCAGCAACUACAUGUCGAUCGAGAAGCCGGCGGUCGAUCAUGUCGGGAGCCAGACCGACAUCGAGGCCGCCGAUGAUUCGGGUCUGAGAUAUGCGGCAGAGAGGGGACAAGCCGCCACCGAUAAAUAUGGCCAGUCACUCGUUACGCUCGAUCGAGCGGCGGAACGCCGACUCCGAUUGAAGAUCGACCUUUACAUUAUUCCUACCGUCUCCUUGCUCUACCUCUUUUGCUUCAUCGAUCGCGCCAAUAUCGGCAAUGCCAAGAUUGCCGGCCUCGACAAAGACCUCGGAAUGGAGGGCUACGACUAUAAUAUCGUCAUCACAAUGUUCUACAUCUCCUACAUCAUCUUCGAAAUCCCGUCCAACCUCCUCUGCAAAUGGAUGGGACCCGGCUGGUUCAUCCCGUUGGUAACGUUGCUCUUCGGCGUCGCUUCUCUCGGCACCGCGUUCGUCAAGACCAUCCCCCAGGCCUCGGCCGUCCGCUUCCUGCUCGGUAUCUUUGAAGCUGGCAUGAUGCCCGGCAUCGCUUAUUACUUGUCCCGAUGGUAUCGCCGCUCCGAAUUGACGUUCCGCUUGUCCCUCUACAUCGUCAUGGCCCCCUCGCGGGCGCCUUUGGCGGGCAUCAUCACCAUUGGUCUUGCUUUGAUCAGCUUCCUCACCCUGACGGAUCGCCCCGAGACUGCUCGCUGGCUGAGCCAGGCGGAGAAGGACCUGGCUAUUGCCCGCGUCAAGUCUGAGCGUGUUGGCGCGACCGAAGUGCUCGACAAGAUGGACAAGACCAAGCUGAAGCGCGGUAUCUUCUCGCCUGUGACGUUGAGCACCUCGAUUGUCUUCCUGUUCGACAACGUGACCGUGCAAGGUCUCGGUUUCUUCGCCCCCACCAUCGUCAAGUCCAUCUAUUCCGAGAAGACGACGAUCCAGCAGCAGCUCUUCACUGUCCCGCCCUACGUUAACUCUUCGGUCCGCUAUGGCGCGACCUUCUUGAUCGCGUCCUCUAUGUUUGCCCUCGGACCCUUAACAAACGCUCAGGUGGCAGCCAACGUUGUCAGCGAUACUGCGCGAAGCGGUGCUAUCGGCAUGAAUGUCAUGAUGGGCAACAUCGGAGGUCUCGUAUCCGCGUGGUCUUUCCUUCCCUGGGAUGCCCCCAACUAUCACAUCGGCAACGGCCUAAACUUGGCGACUACGGGCUCCAUUCUCAUCCUUAGUAUCUUCACGCUGUGGUGGAUGAAGAAGGACAACGCGAAGAGGGAUACGAGGAAUAUCGAUGAGGAACUGAGCGGGUUGACGCAGGCGGAGAUCCAGGAUCUCGACUGGAAGCACCCCGCUUUCAGGUGGAAGCCUUAG